AUGCUGGAGCAAAGGAAGGGCAAUGACCAUGCCCUUAUAUUUGGAAAUGGAAAGAGUCCCAGUAAGAGAAUACUGAAAUUCAUUUCAAAAGGAGAAGGUGAUGAUGCCAAAGAAGCUGUGAAACAUGGUGUGGAUGGGAUCUUGGUGUCCAAUCAUGGGGCUCGACAACUGGAUGGAGUGCCAGCUACAAUUGAUGCCCUGCCAGAAAUCGUCGAGGCUGUGGAAGGAAAGGUGGAAGUCUUCCUAGACGGGGGUGUAAGGAAAGGCACCGAUGUUCUCAAAGCUCUGGCCUUGGGAGCCAAGGCUGUGUUUGUGGGGAGACCCAUCAUAUGGGGCUUGGCUUUCCAGGGAGAAAAAGGUGUUCGAGAUGUCCUUGAGAUACUGAAGGAAGAAUUCCGGCUGGCCAUGGCUCUGAGCGGGUGCCAGAAUGUGAAAGUCAUCGACAAGACAUUGGUGAGGAAAAAUCCUUUGGCCGUUUCCAAGAUCUGACAGUGCACAAUAUUUUCCCAUCUGUAUUAUUUUUUUUCCAGCAUGUAUUACUUGACAAAGAGACACUGUGCAGAGGGUGACCACAGACUGUAACUCCCCACUUCAAUACAAAGGGUGUCCUUCUUCUCCAACAAAAUAGCGAUCCCUUUUCGUUCAUUGCUUUUGACUUUUCAAUGGGUGUCCUAGGAACCUUUUAGAAAGAAAUGGACUUGCA